CAAUAAACUGGUUUCUGUUCCUUAUCUCCACCCCCGCUAUAUACUCAUAUAAAUAAUUAAUACUGUGCUACAUUUAGAAGUUCACAAUUGAUUUGAGUCAAUGUAGUAUCGGCAGUUGGCCUAUGCAAUCUCUCUUGUAUGCAUGUGCCAACACCAACAUAUAGCACCCUAGUUAUCUUUGAGGUGAAUGAAUAGUGAACUCCAUCCAAUACAUGGUAGAGCAGAUAGUAAGAUGGAGAUUGUGUGGUGACACACAGCACAACCCAACUGAUGUAAGGGACAGAAAGGCCAGCAAAAGGUUACAGGUCUCCGGUCUUAUCUCUGGGGCAUGACGAAGAGUGGAGGUGAGUUGAGGCCCUUUCCUGAGAUGCGGAGGCCUAUAUAAGAUGGGAGCUGCCCAGAAAGAAAAAGACACCUCAAGAAGCCUUUGAGACACCUUACGGCAUCUUUUCACCCUCACCAUGUGGAAGGCAGCACUCUUGACCCUGGGCUUGUUUGUGGCACUGGUAGACAGGGUGCAGUCCAAUGACGGCCAUCCCUCUUUCUAUGGGGUGAAACUGUGUGGAAGAGAGUUCAUACGAGCUGUCAUCUUUACCUGCGGUGGUUCUCGCUGGAGGAGAAGUGUAGGAGACUCAGCUCUUAUUGGAGAAGAGGCCUUUGACCCAUGGAACACAAAUGCCAUACCUCAACUUACCGGUGAGCAAGAUCCUGCAGAGUCCCAACAAGCAUGGAGAGAUCAAACAUUGAAAGCUGCAUCUGUGGCUGCUGGAUUCAGCCGCUCAGCUCGUUCGCCAAUCUCGGAGGAGGUGCUGGAGGCUCUACGAAGUGCAGAUAGGAAAGGACGGGAUGUAGUGGUCGGACUGUCCAACGCCUGCUGCAAAUGGGGCUGUAGCAAGAGUGAAAUCAGCUCUUUGUGCUGAACCUUUUUUAUCUUGUCCUGUCAUUAAUGCAGAGCGCUUCUCUUUUUCUAUGUGUUCCCUAAAAUUCCACAUCCCAUCCAACUCACUGUGCAUGUGUUGACUAUUGA